AGCUUGUGCAGAGUCAGGAGCGCGCUUUGCUGAACUGGUCCAGGAUCAGUCCUGAGUCUCUCCGGGUGCUCUGGUUGUUCCUCCGAUCUCGGAGUUUUUUCCUCGGUCUCAGAAGCUCCGACCAGCUCCAAGUGUUCUCACGUCUCCACAAACAACCGGUCUGGAUCAUCACACAUCACUAAAACACGAUGGACCGUUAGUGUAACCUGCUGGUUUAACCGUUAAAUCUCAACGGGCCUGUUGAUCUUUUCCCGCUGGAGUAACUCAAGAAACUCAACGGUGAACUUUUCACCGUGUUAACGGACUCUUAUUUCCUCACGUCAGCGCGUCAGAGUGUUUUUAUAAUUAGUAUAGUUGUUCCUGUGGUACCCCUUCUCUGUAAUGGACUCUGUUCGUGGAGGAGGACUCGAGGACUAACGUUAAGGACUCGAGGAGGACUAAAUAAAGACUUCACACCUCAGGAAUUCGUCCAGAAACAGACGCGUCAGUGAACGCAGCACGUAGCUAGUUAGCUUAGUUUAAUAAACUGUUUUUUAACCCAAUAAAAGACGGAAUAAUCCCGUAGAUUAACGUGAACGGUGCAUGUGAUGCGUGAAGCUCUCACACAACGUUAGCUGGAUCUUUAUUAACGGUUUCACGCUCCGCUCGGUUGUGUUUAUAUACAAACUGUAAGUUAGCAUCAACUCAUGUUAGCUCGUGUUAGCUCAUGUUAGCUCAUGCUAGCUGUAGGCUAACCUCCAGACAUGCCGCUACACGGAGACGACCUGGGAGCUAACGAUGAACUGAUCAACUUUAAAGAUGAAGGGGAACAAGAGGAGAAGAGGAACGUGUCCUCUGGUCGAGACCUGGACGAUGUGAAGAACUCUCUUGUCAACGAGUCCGAGUCAGACUCAGAGGAGGAGACAGACAGACGAUCCAGGAUCAACACAGAUCUGGAGAACAGGAUCAGACACAAUCAUCUGUUUCAAGAAGCCCUGAGGAGGCAGCAGGAUGGAGGUCUCUUCCAGCCCCCCCCCUAUGUGGGGUACCCCUUCUUCAUGAUCUCAGACCUGAACCUUUGUAGUCCAUACCUCAACAACGGGGCGCUGCCACCAAGCGCCAGGACGGUACGUUCAACCUGACAUUUAAACAUCUUCUGUAGUGACCCGAUGGGUCUCGUAAAGGUGAUGUCAUCAUGACCAGGUGGUCUGAUGAAGACCUGGUCCUUUGUUGUGAGACCUGGUCCUUUGUUGUGAGACCUGCUGGACCUGAAACCAGGAUUCACUUCAUGAAAGUCCAUCAUGUUGAUGUACUGAAGAUGUUUCUUUAACCUCUUCAGGGUCAUGAAUGUGAUGUUUGUAUCGUCUAGUUUAGCUUUAGAAGCUGAAGAAGUUCAUGAUGUCAUUUAAAUUAACUUGUUCACAGGUUGUGUUUCUUCACAUUGGGACUGUGUGUUAUGAUAAGAUGUGUGAUGGUAUGAGGUGAGACAGGCCUGAACACAGUCUACUGGUGAAGUAGGAAUGAUCUCUCAUCAUGGCCGCUGCUUUACCUGCGUUAGGUGCGUUAGGUGCGUCUGGUGCUUUAGCUGCGUUAGGUGCUUUAGCUGCGUUAGGUGCGUCUGGUGCUUUAGCUGCGUUAGGUGCUUUAGGUGCGUCUGGUGCUUUAGCUGCGUUAGGUGCUUUAGCUGCGUCAGGUGCGUCAGGUGCGUUAGCUGCGUUAGGUGCUUUAGGUGCGUCUGGUGCUUUACCUGCGUUAGGUGCGUUAGGUGCGUCUGGUGCUUUAGCUGCGUUAGGUGCGUUAGGUGCGUCUGGUGCUUUAGCUGCGUUAGGUGCGUCUGGUGCUUUAGCUGCGUUAGGUGCUUUAGGUGCGUUAGCUGCAGGAUUGACGGGUGUUUCCAUAUUUCCUGCUCCCUGAAGCUGAAUGCAUCAGAGAGUCGACUGGUUUCAUACAGAAACACUUAUGUACUAAUCUUUGGCACAAUGUUAUUACCAGUGGUGUAUAGUAACGAAGUAGAAAUACUUCGUUACUGUACUUAAGUCGUUUUUUUUUUUGG